AUGGGAUCCAUUGCCCCUGACUCGGGCCGCCGGGACGCGAUCGUGAUUGGAGCAGGCUUUUCUGGCAUCUACGAACUGCACAAGCUCAAGGAGGCCGGUUUUGACGUUCACCUAUACGAAGCCGGCUCUGGAACGGGUGGUAUCUGGCACUGGAACUGUUAUCCUGGCGCACGUGUUGACACCCCUGUACCUACCUACCAGUUGACAUCGGCCGAAAGCUGGACUGGAUGGAAUUGGUCGCAGCGGUUUCCAGACUACUCCGAGCUACGGACAUAUUUUCAACACCUAGUUAAAGUGUGGGAUCUUGGCGAUCUAAUCACUUUUAACACUCGUGUCCAGAGUAUGCACUGGGACGACCAAUCGCACAAAUGGCGACUUUCAAUGCGAAAUACGAAUACCGGUCAAGAGAGCGAGGCUUCGGCGCGCAGCGUUGUCCUGUGUACCGGUUUUGGUUCGAAACCAUAUAUUCCCGAUUUUAAAGGACUCGACAAGUUCAAGGGAGAAUUGUACCACACUGGCAUGUGGCCUCAGACAGGAGUAAACAUGGAGGGCAAGCGUGUUGCCGUUAUUGGAACUGGUGCCAGUGGAGUGCAGCUUAUUCAGGAGGCUGCUAAAGAGGCAAAGCAUCUCACUGUCUAUCAGCGAACACCCAACACGGCUUUACCCAUGAGGAAUGACUUAUACGACAAAACAAUGAACGAUACGUGGAAGAAGACGUUCCAGCACACUAAGGAUAUGAUUUUGAAGACGUUUGCGGGAUUCGAUUACGAGUUUAGCCCAGAGUCUGCUCUCAAGGUGUCACCCGAAGUCAAGGCCGAAUUCUACAAGAAUCUCCUCUCGAGCGGUGGCCUCCAUUUCUGGCUUGGGACUUACUCGGACGUGCUUUUCAAUGAUGACGCCAACAAUGAGGCUUACGAAGUCUGGAGACAGAGCGUGCUGCCCCGUAUCAAGGACCCUCGAAACCGAGAGAUUUUGGCACCCAAAGUGCCUCCACAUCCUUUCGGCACAAAACGUAUCAGUCUCGAAAAGGGAUACUUUGAGGCUUUUAACCAAGACAACGUAGAUCUGGUUAGCCUCGUGAAUAACCCGAUCACGGAAGUUACCGAUACCAGCAUCAAGACGGCGGAUGGUACGGUCGCCGAAGUGGACAUGAUCUGCGCGGCCACGGGUUUCGAUAGCGUUACAGGUGGAAUUACGUCGAUUGACAUCCGAGGCGUUGAUCCGAAACAGACGAUUAAAGAGAGAUGGGACAAGGGAACAUACACGCUAUAUGGGAUGACGGUUUCGGGCUUCCCAAAUAUGUAUAUGAUGUAUGGACCGCAGGCGCCCACAGCAUUCGCCACUGGCCCGUCGUCGGCUGAGUGUCAAGGGGACUGGAUCACGGCGUGUUUGAUAUACCAGCGCGACAACAACAUCACAAAGAUCGAAGCCACUAAAGAGGCGGAGCAGGAAUGGAGAGACCACACCCUCGAAAUGGGGGAGAAAGGACUGUUCACAAAGGCAAAGAGCUGGUACUAUGGCGACAACAUUCCAGGAAAGCCUCGCGAGGCGUUGAACUACAUGGCAGGCCUUCCGACCUACCGAAACAAGAUUUGGGAGUCUGCCAACAAUAACUACAAGGGAUUUGAAUUGUCUCCUUGUGCCUGA